AGCCACGUGUAAAGCUCACGUUGAUUGGUCACGGAGUUGUGUUCUACCUACUGGUGGGUGGUGGUGGACUGUCUGCGAUUCCCAAUCUACAGUCAGACCACAUAGUUCCACCCAAUCUCCAAUCUACCCUCUGUUCUCUCCGAUGGCCUCGCCGGACGCUCACAAGGCUUCAAUCAUCGACGGCAAAGCCAUCGCUCAGGCGAUCCGGUCGGAAAUCGCCGAAGAAGUCCGCCAUCUCUCCGAGAAGUACGGCAAGGUUCCGGGGCUGGCGGUGGUCAUCGUCGGCAACCGGAAGGAUUCGCAGAGCUACGUGAGUAUGAAGAGAAAGGCGUGUGCCGAAGUUGGUAUUAAGUCUUUUGAUGUUGACCUGCCGGAGCAAGUAUUGGAGUCUGAAUUGAUCGGCAAGGUCCAUGAGUUAAAUGCUCUUCCUGAUGUACACGGUAUACUGGUUCAGCUUCCAUUGCCUAAGCAUAUAAAUGAAGAGAAAGUAUUAAGUGAAAUUAGCCUUGAGAAGGAUGUUGAUGGUUUUCAUCCUCUGAACAUUGGCAAGCUUGCCAUGAAAGGGAGAGAACCUCUGUUCCUUCCUUGCACUCCUAAGGGUUGUCUUGAACUUCUAUCCAGGAGUGGUAUAAGUGUAAAGGGUAAGAAGGCAGUUGUUGUGGGUCGAAGUAAUAUAGUUGGAUUGCCGGUUGCACUACUACUUCUGAAAGCUGAUGCCACUGUUACUGUUGUUCAUUCACAUACUCAAGAUCCAGAGAGUAUCAUUCGAGAUGCAGACAUUGUUAUUGCUGCAGCAGGACAAGCAAUGAUGAUUAAGGGCAGCUGGAUCAAACCUGGUGCUGCUGUUAUUGAUGUGGGGACAAAUGCUGUUAAUGAUCCAAGCAAAAAGUCAGGUUAUAGGCUUGUAGGAGAUGUUGAUUUCCAGGAAGCAUGUAAGGUAGCUGGAUGGGUGACUCCUGUUCCGGGAGGUGUGGGUCCAAUGACCGUGGCAAUGCUGCUCAAGAAUACAUUGGAUGGUGCAAAGCGUGUGAUUGAACAGUAAACACCUUCACUGUUCAGUUCCUAUUAGGACAUUUUGUCCACUGUGCAAUUGAUAAAAUUUUCCCUCUAGUAAUGCUAUUUGGAAGCACAUGAAACUAUAAUCUAAUAAUAAUAAAGCAGUUUAACAUUGAAAUUUUA